AUGAGUGAGGAUCCCGUCGAUGUGGAUUCACUUAAUUUAGAAGAUGAAUUCGAAGAAUUCGACCUCCACGAAUCAUUUUUAUAUUACAAUAACUUGUGCUUCGAUGGAUUCCUAGACAGAGUCACGGUUUCUUGGAGCAAAAGACUAACCUUGUCGGCGGGAGUGUGUGUAUACAAGAGAGAGGGCUACUGCGAAAUAAAGAUCAGUGAGUCCAUACUAAAGUACCGCACGACGAGAGAGUGCAAGGAAACACUGCUUCACGAGAUGAUCCACGCAUACCUGUUUCUUAACAGCCUCAGCUUCAACAGAGGACACGGAAAGGAGUUCAUAUGGCACAUGAAUCGCAUAAAUCAGAUUACCGGACUGAAUGUGACCGUGUUCCACGAGUUUCACGACGAGGUCGACUACCUGAGGAAGCACAUUUGGCGUUGCAACGGCCCCUGUAGGCUGAGGCCGCCCUAUUUCGGCUACAUCAAGAGGUCGAGAGACCUCGCUCCUGGGCCACGGGACUUUUGGUGGGAGCGCCAUCGUAGCAGCUGCGACGGCGAAUUUAUUAAGAUUGCCGGCAACUCAAGCAUAACCACCAGGAAGCGAGAGACCAGAAACAAGAAGAUCCACAACAACACUAUUGAGAAGUAUCUGACGUCGACAGCCACCGCCCCUAGGGACGGCGCAGAGAGGCCUCCUGACGACUCUGAAGGCUCAAGCGUAAGGCCGAUCGUCAUAAAGGAUAAAGAACAGUCUCAGUAA